GUGCUGGCGGAGGUGCCGGGCCCGCAGCGGGGUCGGGGUCGGGCGGCGGCGCGGCCGGGGCCGAGUCGUGGUACUUGGCGCUGCUGGGCCUGGCCGAGCACUUCCGCACGUCCAGCCCGCCCAAGGUGCGGCUCUGCGUGCACUGCCUGCAGGCCGUGCUGCCCCGCAAGCCCCCGGCCCGCAUGGAGGCCCGCACCCACCUCCAGCUCGGCUCCGUCCUCUACCACCACACCCGCAACGGCGACCAGGCCCGCGGGCACCUGGAGAAAGCGUGGUUGAUAUCUCAGCAGAUCCCCCAGUUCGAAGAUGUCAAGUUCGAGGCAGCCAGCCUGCUGUCCGAGCUCUACUGUCAGGAGAACUCAGUGGACACAGCCAAGCCUCUGUUACGCAAAGCCAUCCAGAUCUCCCAGCAGACUCCCUACUGGCACUGUCGGCUGCUUUUUCAACUUGCACAACUACACACACUUGAAAAAGAUUUGGUGUCUGCCUGUGAUCUCCUGGGAGUUGGAGCAGAGUACGCCCGGGUGGUAGGAUCAGAGUACACCAGGGCCCUGUUUCUGCUGAGCAAGGGGAUGCUGCUUCUGAUGGAGAGGAAGCUGCAGGAGGUGCACCCUCUGCUCACCCUCUGUGGGCAGAUCGUGGAGAACUGGCAAGGAAACCCCAUCCAGAAGGAGUCUCUGAGGGUCUUCUUCCUGGUGCUGCAGGUCACACACUACCUGGACGCUGGGCAGGUGAAGAGUGUGAAGCCCUGCCUGAAGCAGCUGCAGCAGUGCAUCCAGACCAUCUCCACCCUGCACGACGAUGAGAUCCUGCCCAGCAACCCUGCAGACCUCUUCCACUGGCUGCCCAAAGAGCACAUGUGUGUGCUGGUCUACUUGGUGACAGUGAUGCAUUCCAUGCAGGCAGGAUACCUGGAGAAGGCUCAGAAGUACACAGACAAAGCACUCAUGCAGCUGGAGAAGCUAAAAAUGCUGGACUGCAGCCCAAUCCUGUCCUCCUUCCAAGUCAUCCUGCUGGAGCACAUCAUCAUGUGUCGGCUGGUCACAGGGCACAAGGCCACGGCCCUGCAGGAGAUCUCCCAGGUCUGCCAGCUGUGCCAGCAGUCUCCCAGGCUCUUCUCCAACCACGCUGCCCAGCUGCACACUCUCUUAGGGCUCUACUGCAUCUCUGUCAACUGCAUGGACAACGCAGAAGCACAAUUUACUACAGCACUGAGGCUCACCACACACCAGGAGCUGUGGGCAUUUAUUGUGACAAACUUGGCCAGUGUCUACAUCAGGGAAGGCAACAGGCACCAGGAGCUCUACAGCUUAUUGGAAAGGAUAAAUCCAGACCAUAAUUUCCCUGUGAGCUCUCACUGUCUCCGGGCAGCAGCUUUCUACAUCCGAGGUCUCUUCUCCUUCUUUCAAGGAAGAUACAACGAGGCAAAACGGUUCCUGCGGGAGACGCUGAAGAUGUCGAACGCAGAGGACUUGAAUCGCCUCACAGCCUGCUCCCUGGUGCUGCUGGGCCACAUAUUCUAUGUCUUAGGGAACCACAGGGAAAGCAAUAACAUGGUAGUGCCAGCCAUGCAGCUUGCCAGCAAGAUCCCAGACAUGUCUGUGCAGCUCUGGUCCUCAGCUCUGUUGAGAGACCUGAACAAAGCCUGUGGCAAUGCCAUGGAUGCACAUGAGGCAGCACAGAUGCACCAAAACUUCUCCCAGCAGCUCCUCCAGGACCACAUUGAAGCCUGCAGUCUUCCAGAACACAAUCUCAUCACGUGGACAGAUGGACCACCUCCUGUACAGUUCCAGGCACAGAAUGGACCCACCACCAGCCUGGCAAGUCUCCUGUGAAACCAGAAUCACUUAUUUAGGACAGUCUGGUUCCAAAAGGAAAAAGAAAGAAAAAGGAAAAGAAAGAAAAAGAAAAAUGCCCAUUGGAAAAAAAAAAAAAGAAAA